AUGCCUACUGUCAACUCUAAGGAUAUCAAAACCACCAUCAUUCUCGAGUCGAAGGUCGACUGGCUUCCCUGGAAAACUCAAACCAUCCUAUCUGUGAACUGCGAAGGAAUCUCUGAUAUCCUGACCAACCCGACAGCUCCUCGAGGCAGCCGUUGGACUUGUAAGCAAGUUGCUGAAGCAUAUCGGAUCAUCAACCGUACCCUGUCUCCGCUACUGCAAACGGAAAUCAGCCAAUUCAGCGAGUCCCCUUGGGAUGCAUUUGCUGCACUGCAACAAAAGUUUGAAGCUCUGACUGAAGAUGAUCUCCAAGACUUGGAAGCAAAACUGAAUCGCAUCACGCAGGAACGGAACGAGCCGUACGCUACUCUCAUUAGUCGUCUCAACACGUCCUUGGUGAAAUUCAAGAAUGCCGGACGUGUGAAAUCCGAUAACAGUCUCUGCGCUAUCUUACCUCAAGCUGUGCACGACGACAAUCAGACGGUGAAGAUCACGUUGAAAACACCAGCAAUGAUGGCUAUGUCGUACGGUGACCUUACUUCGUAUCUCACAGCAUUGGAUCCAGACGAAAGUGACCCAUCGACUAUCGUGCACGGGGCACAUUCAGCCAUUUCAUCAGAUAAUUGCGCAUUCUGUAAUAACAGAGGUCAUUCCAUAAUCUUACACUUUAACAGUAUUGUCGUUGAUGGAGACGUACUCUUCCAGGAUCUUGAGCCUUAUGCACGUACCGAGGCCGAAUGGAUUCACUUGGUUUAUCAGACGCCCUGGAUAGCCCCCGCGUGGAAAGCUAUCAUCAUAUUCUACUGGACAAUCGGCGCUCGAUAUGACUCGAUCUAUUGGAUUGAUAGUCAUCGUGAUCUUGCCUUCAUGGAUUCGACCUAUACUAUUACGGUCAAACUCAUCAAGCGCAAAAGAGGCCCGCGAUCCAAGGUGCCUGAUCGCUGCCAAUGUGCAUACCCUAAGAAAACAUACGCCCUACUGCAACGCGAACUCCCAGGCAACCGCAUGCACGAGCAGGUUUGUCAAUUGCAAUGUCGUGACAAAUCAAUUGACCUCUUACGCGCAGAAUUUAAACGCCCGGGCUUAGAGGAGAACCUCCUUACUGCAAUCAAAUGGCAUGGUUUUAGACGUGGGGUUGUCCAGUCGUGUUGCAGUCUGAAUGCGCCGGAAUCCACAAUUGCUGAUAUUUUGUGCGUCCAGCAACCAUCGUUGAGAUCAUACAUAUCUUUCCGACCACCAAACUCUGCCGAUGUCCUCUUCAAUGGCAAAUUGUUGCCGUGUUUUCCGGUCAUGCCUGUCGGCGAUUAGAGGACUUAUAUAUUACUUCAAGGAUGUGCACCUACGGUACUUGUGGAAACAACGAAUGUUUUUUAGGAGUACUUUACUCCUUUACCAUUCGGGUACCACUUCCGGGAAGAGGGGUGCUUCACCCCGCUCCCCGGAUGUAUUACUUUCAUACGAGAAUGCUUGGCAUUCUUUGUAUAUAUGGACGCAUAUUAUGGUCAUAAUGUUCAUCCUUUUUGCUUUGUACACCCAUAACUCUCCCACCCUUUCUCUUUUCAUCCUUAUUCCUUUCACAGUAUAUUCUGAUCAACCAAGCGGACUAGUACAGAGCUUUCGUUUCGUACUUUCCCCGUGCCUCGCAGGCUAUUGCCCCUGAAACGUGAUUUGCGUCUGCACCAUGAGGAUUACGUGUAUGACCGUUGCCAAGUGUUGGAAAAAAGCCC